CGAAUCUCCGGUCCUCCCCAUUUCGAUCUUCCCAAAAUCCUCCUAGUCUCUCCUCUCUUUCUCUUCGAUUCGAUUCUUUCUUUCUCGGAUUCGGGGUAUCCCCUAUCGAUUGACCCCAAGAUCAUCCCUGGCCGUCCGCUGAAUUUGAUUCUAGGGUUAGGGUUUUGUGAAUUCCCGCAAAAUUCUUCCAUUUCGAAAUUUUUUUCUUUGAUCUAAUAAAUUGAAGGCUGUAUAUUGCAUUUCUCGGUUGAAAUUUAUCUGGGUUCGUUGAGUUUUGUACGAUUCGUUAUCCUCACUGUGUCCAUUUCUUGUGAAUCAGUCUAAUUUUCGAGAUUAUCUGGGAUCUAGAAUCUCAUAGAUUCUUAGUUGGAAUUACAUUUGUUCAGUUUUGUUUCAUUUCAUCCUAUUCUCAACUUCUUCUGCAGGAAGGAAAUUUCUGGACUUUAAUUUGUUCAGGGUUCAAAUGAUUCACAAACGUCCCUAUAUUGAAGAGGAGUCUCAGGAAGUUGCUUCUAAACACCAAAGACGGUUGGAGAACAUGAAUCACCUUUCACAAGUCAUCAAUGGUGUUAUUCCAUAUGAUUGCCACAAGAACUACCAUGUGUCUGGUACUGAAAAGUUGACUUACAUCUAUUAUUAUCACUGUGAAUUACCAGGUUAAGAGCUUGCUACUUUGUUUUACCUUUUAGGAUGGUGUGUGGAUCCCAGAGACUUCAUAGCAUCUAAUCAAGGGCUUUUAGAUCUUUUGUUCAGUAAAUGGCGUUAUCUGUUAAACCAAAAACAAGAAUUUUUCGUCAAUUGCACUGUGCAUGUUGUUAUUCUGAAAUAUUAUUUAACCAACAGAAAUGCAUGCAUCUUGGGUUACUGCAUUACUCUUUAUAGAUUGUAUUCCCGUAGGUGAAAGUGAAUUGGUGUCUAGAGAAGUUUAUAUAUGUUUUGACUAUUAGAUAUUGCGCAAAUGUGAAUCUGUUAAAAGCUUUCACCUUUGUAAAUCUAGUGCACUAAUCUGGUAGUGCUAACAAACUAACUUCCAUUUCUUGUUGCCUUCAUGUGUUUCAAUAGUUACACCAGCAUAGAUAUGCAGGUUUCAUAAAUCAUAACCAUACUGAUACAGUGAAACUGAAAUCUUAUUAUAAGCUUUUAUAACUGACUUAGUUCCUAUUUGAGAAGGUGAAGAUGAGGACAGCUUCAGUAAAUGCAAUGAAAAUGGACCUGAUGCUUCCAGCUGCAUUCCUCAUUUUUUGUGGGUAAACAGCAGCAUUAUGGAAAUGGAUGCUGAGUUGGAGACAGCACAUAAUUUGUCGCUGUUUCCAGAGUAUUUUGUACCUGGACAGGACUUAAGGACUUUCCUUCAAUCUGAUGAGACCUAUUCAUCUCCUAUUGAUUGUUCUCCUCAGAGACGGGUUCCUAUUGGACAAGAGUAUCAAGCUGAUCUUCCAGAAUGGAGUGAACAGGAUUUGAAGAGCCUUUCAGCUCAUCUACAUGCCUCAGACUAUCAAGUUGAACCUUUGCAAUCAUCAAAAUUAGGCUUUAUGGCUACUUGUGUCAUUCCCAUGCGUGAAGUUGAAGCACCUAAAAACAAUUCCUGUGAAGGUUUGGGAACCAGAAUCGAUUGUGAGUGCCUUGAUCAGGGUUCUGUCAGAUGCACAAGACAACAUGUGGAAGAAGCUAGGGAGAAACUAAGGGAGAACCUUGGACUUGAGAUUUUUGAGCAAUUGGGUUUCUAUGACAUGGGGGAGGAGGUUGCGAAGAAAUGGACAAAGGAGGAAGAGCAAACGUUCCAUGAGGUUGUGCUUGCCAACCCUAUGUCAUUGGGUAAGAACUUUUGGGACCAUCUCCCUGCUGUUUUUCCAUCCCGAACAAAAAAGGACCUUGUCAGCUAUUAUUUCAAUGUCUAUGUGCUUAGGAAGCGUGCCGAACAGAAUCAAUUUGAUCCUGUAAACAUUGAUAGUGAUGAUGAUGAGUGGCAGAGACCUGAACGUGGAUCAGCUGUAGAUGAUGACAAUUCUGUAGUUGAAUCUCCACCUGAUCAAGUUGUUUCUGCCUACCAAAAGGAUAGCGAGGUUGAAGAUUGCCAUGAAGGCAUUGUGAAUGAGGAUGAGUCGGAUUCUUAUAAAGAUGCAUCUGGUGCUGUAUGCAGAGAUAGAACUGAUGAAGAAGAUGAGGGAGAUAUAGAUGAAAUCUCUGGACCCCACAUCAAAAUUCUCACUAGUGAUUGUGGAGAUGGAAAUGCCUUCCAGGUUUUGGGCAAGAUACAUGGAACUGAUUUGUAUGAUUAUGAUAUUCAAGAUGAUUCAUGCACAUCAUUUGAGUAUCAAAGAUAAAAUGUCGUUGUGGAGAUCCAUCUGAAACGGGGAUGGAUGUAAAUCAGCCUAGUGGGGGGAUAUGUCCAGGUGUGGUGGAGCUUGGAUAUCAAUGCCAUCACUGAAGAGAUCUUUUACUUGCAUGGUAUUUGACUGAAGUGUUUUCCUUGGCAGUUUGAUGCCUACUAGUGUCCCCUGGCUUUGCUUCCCUUCAAUCUAAAAAACUUAAGUUGGCCUUAUUACUGAUGCUUUAAUGGUUAAGAGUAUCACCGAUUUUGAUGGAAGAUCAACCCAUCUGAUGGCUUAUCCAAUUUUCUUUGAAAUCUUCUGUAUGUUGUAGACAAGGGAAGCAUAGAUUACAAAUUACUACUUAAAAGGUGGCUGUUGGUCAUUCAAAGUAAUUGUGCAUGGAUAUUUGUCUUCAAUCUGCAGCUUGCAUAAUGUCAAAAGCAAUUUGCAAAUCCUGGUUUUUAACUCAUCAGGAUCAGUCUCCCAUGAGUGGAACAGUGAAUGACUUGAGGAUUUCAACAUCGGGUCGGGUUCCCAUGGAAUUGGAUCUUGACUCUUGAAUUUGAAGUAUUCUUUCAUAGAUAAUGAUUCUUGUAUUUAUUCAGUGCUAACCCCUUUUUUUAUUGGUGAUUAUUUUUAGAAUUAUUUGUUGUUUUAGGCUUUUAGCACUGUAUUGCUUGAGCGAAGAUAACUUUGCUACCAUUAUGUAUACUGAAUUUGAGAAUGAAUUCCAUUCAUUUUCACUCCUUAUAAAUCCAUGACUAAAAA